AUGGAAAUGGAAUGGAUGAAGAAGAUGGGUGAAAUAACUCACCAUACAAUCAAAACCAACGGAAUAUCGAUGCAUGUUGCAGAAAAAGGCGACGGACCUGUAGUGCUCCUCCUCCAUGGCUUCCCGGAGCUCUGGUUUUCAUGGCGUCAUCAGAUCACUCACUUAAGUAACCAUGGUUACCGUGUCCUCGCACCUGACCUCCGCGGCUAUGGCGAUUCCGACUCCCCAUCCUCUCCCUCUUCCUACACCUUCUUCCACAUAGUCGGUGAUCUCAUCGGCCUUCUAGAUCACUUCAAUCAACAACAGGUGUUUGUGGUGGGACACGAUUGGGGCGCAACCGCCGCCUGGCAUCUGAGUCUUUUCCGGCCAGAUAGAGUCAAAGGAAUCGUUUCUCUCGGUAUUCCAUUUUUUCCAAGAUACCCGAUCAAUCCAACUCACUUAUUCACCAAAUCGUUUGGAGACGAUUUCUACAUCUCUCAAUUCCAGGAAUUAGGAAGAGCCGAGAGGGCUUUUGCGACAUACGAUUGUUUGACUGUAAUUAAGAAGUUUUUGCUUAUCAACGUUGGCGAUGUACUGGUAGCACCUCCUGGAAUGGAGAUUAUCGAUCACCUGCAAAUUCCUUCUUCGUUACCUCCAUGGAUUACUGAAGAUGAGCUUCAAGUGUACGCAGAUAAGUUUCAGGAGACUGGAUUCACUGGAGCUUUAAAUCACUAUCGUGCCAUGGAUCUGACGUGGGAACUGGAAGCGCCAUGGCAAGGGGCAAAGAUCAAAGUUCCAUCGAAGCUGAUUAUUGGAGACGAAGAUAUUGGAUUUCAAAGCUGGACGAAGGAAUAUGUUGAGGGAGAUGUUAUGAAAGAAUUGAUUCCUGGUGUUGAAGUUGUGAUGAUGGAAGGCCACCAUUUUAUUCAACAAGAGAAACAUCAAGAGGAAACAAACGUCUCUCCAGUUACAGACAUGGAAAUGGAAUGGAUGAAGAAGAUGGGUGAAAUAACUCACCAUACAAUCAAAACCAACGGAAUAUCGAUACAUGUUGCAGAAAAAGGCCAAGGACCAGUAGUCCUCCUCCUCCAUGGCUUCCCGGAGCUCUGGUUUUCAUGGCACCAUCAGAUCACUCACUUAACUAACCAAGGUUACCGUGUCCUAGCACUUGACCUCCGCGGCUAUGGCGAUUCCGACUCCCCACCCUCUCCCUCUUCCUACACCUUCUUCCACAUAGUCGGUGAUCUCAUCGGCGUUCUAGAUCACUUCAAUCAACAACAGGUGUUUGUGGUGGGACACGAUUGGGGCGCACACGCCGCCUGGCAUCUGAGUCUUUUCCGGCCAGAUCGAGUCAAAGGAAUCGUUGCUCUCGGUAUUCCGUUGUUUCCUAGAUCCCCAAUCAGUCCAACUCAGUUAUUCACCAAAUCGUUUGGAGAUAAUUUAUACAUCUCUCAAUUCCAGGAAUCAGGAAGAGCAGAGAGGGCUUUUGCGAAAUACGAUUGCUUGACGGUAAUCAAGAAGUUUUUGCUGAUCAACCAUGGCGAUGUACCGGUAGCACCUCCUGGAAUUGAGAUUAUCGAUCACAUGGAAACUCCUUCAUUGCCUCCAUGGAUUACUGAAGACGAGCUUCAAGCGUAUGCAGAUAAGUUUCAGGAGACUGGAUUCACAGGAGGUUUGAAUUACUAUCGUGCUAUGGAUCUGACGUGGGAGCUAGAAGCGCCAUGGCAAGGGGCAAAGAUAAAAGUUCCAUCGAAGCUGAUUAUUGGAGACGAAGAUAUUGGAUUUGAAAGCUGGACGAAGGAAUUUGUGGAGAGUGAUGUUAUGAAAGAAUUGAUUCCUGAUAUUGAAGUUGUGAUGAUCAAAGGCCACCAUUUUAUUCAUCAAGAGAAACCUCAACAAGUUUCUGAUCACAUCUUAUCUUUUCUUCACAAACUUGCAUAA